CUGAUCCGUGGGAGGGGGCAGGAAUAACAUGUGUGGAAGUACUUGCUAGUGUUGAUCACCUGUACCCCAGCACAAGAGCUCCAGCUUAAUCAUUUUCAAGCUCUGCUCUCAGAACAUGGGGGAGAAUGAUGAUGAAAAAUACAGUCAAGCUGGCCGGAUAUUUGAAAACUUUGUACAAGCAUCAACAUGCAAAGGCACCAUUCAGGCCUUCAAUAUUCUCACUCGCCAACUUGAAUUAGAUCCUUUGGACAAUAGAAACUUCUACACCAAACUGAAAUCGAGAGUGACCACAUGGAAAGCCAAAGCUUUGUGGAACAAGCUUGAUAAGAGAGCAAGUCACAAAGAGUAUAAACGUGGAAAGUCUUGUAUGAACACUAAGUGUUUAAUUAUUGGAGGUGGCCCUUGUGGCCUGCGGACUGCCAUAGAACUUGCCUUCCUGGGAGCCAAGGUUGUCGUUGUGGAGAAGCGGGACACUUUCUCAAGGAACAAUGUGCUGCAUCUCUGGCCCUUUACCAUCCAUGACCUUCGGGGACUGGGAGCAAAGAAAUUUUAUGGAAAGUUCUGUGCAGGAUCUAUUGACCAUAUCAGUAUUCGACAGCUUCAACUCAUCCUCUUCAAAGUUGCACUUAUCCUUGGAGUGGAAAUUCACGUGAACCUGGAAUUUGUGAAAGUCCUGGAGCCUCCUGAAGAUCAAGAAAACCAAAAGAUGGGUUGGAGGGCUGAAUUUCUCCCCAUGGAUCACCCUUUGUCAGAGUAUGAAUUUGAUGUUAUCAUUGGUGCAGAUGGCCGCAGGAACACAUUAGAAGGCUUCAGGAGGAAGGAAUUUCGUGGAAAGCUGGCUAUAGCGAUCACUGCCAAUUUUAUAAACAGAAAUACAACUGCAGAAGCCAAGGUAGAAGAAAUUAGUGGGGUUGCUUUCAUCUUCAAUCAGAAGUUCUUCCAGGACCUGAAAGAGGAAACGGGGAUUGACCUGGAGAAUAUUGUUUACUAUAAAGACAGCACGCAUUAUUUUGUGAUGACAGCAAAAAAGCAGAGUCUUCUGGACAAAGGAGUGAUUAUUAACGACUCCAUUGAUACUGAGCUGCUGCUCUGUGGGGAAAAUGUGAACCAGAGCAAUUUGCUGUCCUACGCCAGAGAAGCUGCUGACUUUGCAACCAACUACCAGCUGCCUUCCUUGGAUUUUGCAAUUAAUCAUUAUGGCCAACCAGAUGUAGCAAUGUUUGAUUUUACCUCCAUGUAUGCAUCUGAAAACGCUGCGCUGGUGAGAGAGAGGCACAGACAUCAGCUCCUGGUGGCUCUCGUUGGAGAUAGUUUGCUUGAGCCGUUCUGGCCGAUGGGUACUGGCUGUGCGAGAGGCUUCCUGGCUGCCUUUGACACCGCGUGGAUGGUGCGGAGCUGGGCGCAGGGGAAGCCCCCGCUGGAGAUCCUGGCUGAACGAGAGAGCAUUUAUCGACUCUUGCCUCAGACGACCCCUGAAAAUAUUAAUAAGAACUUUGACCAGUACACCAUUGACCCAGGAACAAGAUACCCGAACUUGAACUCGAGCUGUGUUCGACCUCACCAGGUGAGACAGUUAUAUGUUACCAAUGAGCUACAGCAGUGUCCUCUUGAGAGAGUGAGCUCCAUUAGAAGAUCAGUGAACCUCACAAGACAGGAGUCAGAUAUUCGGCCUAACAAGCUUUUGACGUGGUGCCAGAAGCAGACGGAGGGAUACCGAAACGUUAACGUCACUGACCUGACCACCUCCUGGAAAAGUGGCCUUGCUCUGUGUGCCAUCAUCCAUCGCUUCAGGCCUGACCUCAUCGACUUCGAGGCCCUGAACGAAGAGGACGUGGUGAGGAACAACCAGCUGGCCUUCGACGUGGCCGAGCAGGAGUUCGGGAUCCCGCCGGUGACCACGGGCAAGGAGCUGGGCUCGGCCGGGGAGCCCGACAAGCUCAGCAUGGUGCUCUACCUUUCCAAGUUCUACGAGCUGUUCCGCGGCACCCCUCUGCGCGCAGUCGAUGCUGUUGACAAGCAAAAUGAAGAAAAUAAUGAUCCUCAUUUACCGAAAUCGAAUUUCAUCUGUAAUAAUUAUAUCAAUUUAAGUUUAACAAGAAAACGAGUACCAAAGGCUGAAGGGAAAACAGAAGAAAAUGAGACUAACAAAAGACGUCGGAAAGGACUCUUUGGUGUCUUUGAGCAGACUUCAAGCUUUCCAAGCCAGGGGACAGACAAUGGGAAAGAACAGAGUGAUGGCAGAGAAGGAAUGAACCAGAACAAAGUCAAAUCAAUGGCAACUCAGCUGCUGGCAAAGUUUGAAGAGAAUGCUUCAAAUACAAUUCUGCAGAGACAGGAGCUAACAGAUAGACCAGCCCUGCUCUCCUCUGAUCCUCCUGUUAAUCCUCGCUUUGCUAAACCUAUGGAUCCAAGCCUUCUUCCACCUCAACCAAAAAGGCAGUUUCAGGUGGUAGCUAGGAGUGAACACGAGGUCAGGGAACCCAAACAGUCUUUAAAUGGUUCUGAUCAUAUGGCCAGGAGAGCAAAGACUGUGCACAAAACAGAUCCCCAGCCCAGUCUGUCAGAAACCUCUGAAAAUCUCGCGUCUGCCUGUUCUGCUGCAUUUGUGCUUUCUGGAGUGCUUGAGCGUCUUCAGCACCUGGAGGAAAAAAUGAAACAGAAAAGAGCUCAGACCAUAGCAAAUAGGGAAUUCCAUAAAAAGAACAUUAAAGAGAAAGCAGCACAUCUCGCCUCAAUGUUUGGAUACAUGGAGUUUCCGAAGAAUAAGCUACCUACUAAAGGCUUACCCCAUUCUCAGCCCCCAACUCCCUCUUGCUCUCCACCUCAUCAUUCAGCUGUUGCUGCUUCAUCAUCUGUUGGUUCAGCUUCUUCUGCUGUUUCUUCUCAACAGACGACUGUAGGAAAGGUCUCACGUGCAAUUGGAGCUGUGGCUGAAGUUCUUGUAAAUCUGUAUGUGAAUGAUCACAGACCCAAGCCACAGCUUGAACUGAAGCGGUCUCUGGACAGAGCUGCAGGUUCUUGCCCCAUUCCUCACUUACCAUCCGCUGCCUCCACCACUCAGAGCUGUCAGGGUUCUCUGCGAAAAGAAUUCCCCAAGUCCAUCGGGGGGAGUGACAUUUGUUAUUUCUGCAAGAAACGGGUCUAUGUCAUGGAGCGGCUGAGUGCAGAAGGCCACUUCUUUCACAGGGAGUGCUUCAAGUGUGAAAUAUGUUCUACUACACUCCGCUUAGGAAUUUAUGCCUUUGAUGUUGAAGAAGGUAAAUUUUACUGUAAACCUCAUUUUACGCACUGCAAAAUCAGUACGAAACACAGAAAGAGAAGGGCAACAAUACAGAUCCAUGGAAAGGAGGCGAUAGAUGCAUGGAAGAAAGUGGAAGCCAAACCCACAGAGAUCACCACAGAAAGCAGUUUGUCCACUGCUAGCAGUCCAGAGGACAGGUCCCCAGUCCAAUUCAACAUUCCGGUGCUGCACCCGCUCACUGGCUGAAGCCUUUCUGCUCUCAGAGUCUUCCUUGCUCUUCCUGCCCAGUGAGGAUUCUGUCCUUCUCCUCCUAAAUCUUCUGUCUUCAUUUUACUUUAUAAUCUUAACUGAGUAUUUUUAUUAAAUAGUUUUUAACUCUGUAUUUAAAUUUUCACAUGGAAAUUCUGUAUUUUGCACAUGGUGAAAAUUGUUUUAGCUUUAUUUAUGAUAUCUGCUGUAAACAAAAAUAAAUGUAGUUCUUUAUAAGUC